GCUCCUAGUUCCGAAAGUUCUACAGCAAACAACAUGUCCGAGGCAAAGUCCCCCGCUAAAAAGAAGCCAGCUGAGCAUCCACCUUAUGCCGACAUGAUAAAAGCUGCUAUCUUAGCGUUGAAAGAGCGAAGCGGCUCUUCCCGCCAAGCUAUCGAGAAGUACAUCAAGGCCAACUACAAGGUUGGUGAGGUCGGCUCGCACUUGAAGAUGGCUUUGAAAAGGGGUGUUACUAAUGGCAAGCUUGUCCACACCAAGGGAGUUAGUGCUUCUGGUUCCUUCAAGGUGGCCAAAGCGGAAAAGAAGGAGAAGAAGCCGAAGAAGAAGCCAGCUGCAAAGAAGAAGCCUGCUGCCAAACCAAAGAAGCCCGCCGCCAAGAAGAAAGCAAAGAAACCAGCGACCAAUAAGCCAGCAGCGAAAAAACCCGCUGCUAAAAAACCAGCAGCAAAGAAACCUGCGGCCAAAAAACCAGCAGCGAAGAAGCCUGCAGCUAAAAAGCCCGUCAAGAAAGCAGCGAAGAAAUCACCAAAGAAGGCGGCCAAGAAAUAA